AUGGAUGUCACCAACACUACACCUUUGCCAAGCGGUAUCGUCAAGAACUCGUCGUCAAUAUACGACGAGAUCUCUCGCUAUCCUAUUCUUCCCGCGGACAAUGCCUACCGGUAUUGGCACGUCUACACCGUGACGAAUAAGAAGUUCCAGGAUCCGACAGCGCGCCGGCUAGAAAAUUUCUGGUGGCAUGUCUGGGGAAGCGACCGCUCGCGGCUGAGUGGGCGUGCCAUAGCUAAGAUGUUCGAGCACAUAGCUUCAGGUCCAACAUUUGUUCCUCUCGGAGAACCUACAGAUUCUUGGAGAAAUAAGCAUACACCAUCUACUUCUAGAACUGUGCUUAGCGCCGAGACACCUCAAGCCGCACAUGGCGGAUCAGCAAUCAAAGCGAAAGUUGGCUCGCGCGACCAAUUAUCAAAACAAAACCAGCCUCUCCCUAUUCUUAAAAAGACAAGAGGGCCAUCGUCCAGCGGCCCCCGACCUACUGCCAGGUUCAUCUCACCCAAUGCGCUCGAAGACAAACAGCGGCAAUAUGGCACACACGUUCGACCUGAUAUCAAUAGGCCGUAUUGA